UCUGUGGCACCCGUGCAGUUCGAGGUUUUCUGCUGGCGUGCAUUUUCUCAAUCGGUGUCGGUUGUCGUAGAGAAAACUAGUAAACAAUCUCACAGCGUAAACGCGCAUCGCCAUUGAUUUUCCGCGUUCGUCUCGACGAGAAAUACCGCGCGGAUGUGUCGUUAGUGUUACACGUGUUCUUUACGUUCGCGCAGUGUUUCGUGAAGACAAGAGAGGCCAAGAUACAUACGUACGCGGAACUGCGGCCGUGAGGGAGGGACAGAGAAGAAAGACGACGAAGAAGAGAAGGAAGAAGUAGAAGAUGAGCAAGACGUGCGCCCGCUGCGAGAAAACGGUCUACCCGAUCGAGGAGCUCAAGUGCCUGGACAAGAUAUGGCACAAACAGUGCUUCAAGUGUCAGGGCUGCGGCAUGAUCCUGAACAUGCGGACGUACAAGGGUUUCAACAAACAGCCAUACUGCGAGGCACACAUACCAAAGGCGAAGGCUACCACGAUGGCGGAAACGCCGGAACUGAAGCGUAUCGCGGAGAACACGAAGAUUCAGAGUAACGUGAAGUACCACGCCGAGUUCGAGAAGGCGAAGGGUAAAUUCACUCAGGUAGCCGACGAUCCAGAAACACUGAGAAUUAAACAGAACAGCAAGAUCAUCUCGAACGUUGCUUAUCACGGCGAGCUUCAGAAGAAAGCCAUCAUGGAGCAGAAGAGGACGAUGACCGGUGAAAACGGCGAACAAAUCGAGUACGUAGAGUACACGGACGGUACGAUCGCGCCUACAUCGGGCGUGAACGCGAAUCCACCGGCCGCUAGAACUGCGAGCUCGCCGGUGCAAAGGACACCAGGUAGGAUCGCCGAUUACGAUCCCCUUAGCGAGGCGAGACCGAGCCCCUAUUCCGCCAGGCAAGCAGCCACCACUGUGAUUUAUACGAGCGACAAGGGACCAGUGACGAAUCCACCGACCAGAAAGAUCGGUUCUGUGGCGGAUAUAGACCCCGUGAACGAGUACUACGGAUCGUUGACGCCAGCAACGAACAACAACCACGUCCCACCACAGCAUCAGCCGCCUCCACCACCGCCCACCAACGUUGGGAGGAUGUACAGAGCAAUGUACGACUACGAGGCGCAGGACCUCGACGAGGUGAGCUUCUGCGACGGUGAUCUGAUCGUGAACUGCACAGCGAUCGACGAAGGCUGGAUGACUGGUUUGGUGCAGCGUACAGGUCGGCACGGCAUGCUGCCAGCGAACUACGUCGAACCGGCGCAGAUUUAAAACGCCUUCCUUUGUAACUGCGUCUUCCUCCGUCUUCGUUUCGCCCGGUGUCCCCCAAAAUGCCACACCACCACUCUCGAUCGAAAGGACCGCGCACCGUGGCACGAAACACGGGAUUAGCCGUGCGUCACAGGGAGCAGCCACUCAGAAUGGGGCUCCAGAAAAGGAAGACACUCGAACGUGUGUACACGUCCUUCGAGGAUUCUCCUCUUUCGUAGAAUCGAGGGCGAGAAACACCGUGUACACCGGUCGAGUCGAAAUAAUUUGCCGUCGUCUAAAUGGGAUACGUCGAUCGACGUACGAUGAAGGAUAUCAGAGAGAUUCUUUUUCUUUUUUUUUUUUCUGUUACGUCGACGUGCGAUUCUCCUCUGUCUGUUAUAAGUCUGUAAAGGUUCGUGGUUGUAUUCUGCAACGAAAUCGCCGAUCUUCCUUUUCCGUAGGGUUUAGAAAUGUGAAAGGUCUGAAUCGAAUUGGGAACACUUUUCUCGCGUUCGAGAUAGCUAAGACAAAAUCGCGAUGUUUCUUCACACACACACACACACACAGUGCCUGCGUCGUUUUUCUCGCAUUUAAGUCGGCAAACUUAGAGGGUAAUUCCAUGUUGGGACCAAAUUCUGCUUAUUGCGAGAAACAUACAAGUGUCUUUCGCUGAAACAGUAGUUCUUCUUCUAACGAGAGAAUCGAUACAAUGGUUUUGCUUUUUUUUUCUUUAUUUUUGCUGUGUAAUAACGUUUGUCGAAACCAUUCCGUUGCUUCGAGGAUUCCACGGUAAUUGUUAUUGCGACAUGACGGUUGCGCGGUGACAAAGACUGGAAGGUCCUAACGUUUGUAGUUUUAAAAAUCUUUUUUUUUUUUUUGUAAGUAAUUCUGGCACGUUUUUUUAUUUGUAACAGUACGACCGUUUUUUUUUUCUUCCUUUCUUUUUUUAAAUACUUUACGCGCAUUUCACGUAACCUCAUGCAUGUCCAGGAACGAUUUUAUUUUCGCGCGAGAAUAAACAACCUGUCGGCCUUUGUUCACCG